AUGGACCCGAAAGCUGAGGCAGACCCGGGCUGCGCGCUCGGUGGUGUGGCAACAGCUCACCGAGACAGCGAUGUGCCCGUCGAGAGAAGUGCUCCCAGCGAAGCGAGCGAACACCAACCUGUUGCUGAGAGUCGGAGAGUGAGUGACGCUAUUCGAUACCGCGUGCGGUCGAACGACACUGGCCGGAUCGAUUCAGCUCGGCCACGACGAACACUGGGCGUAGCCCACGACGCCACUCGUUCUCGGUCGCAACGACGACUCUUCGACGGAAGUUCCUUCAGGGGUCGGGAGCUUGCCCAACCGUUUCACUCGCCCGAGGCGCGGAGUCCUUUAUCACAACCAGGGAUACCUCCAACAGGAGUAAGUGGCGACAGAGCAGCACUAUCGAACCUAACCGGCGCAUAUCUGUUGAGAAUGGCAGAGGCAGGCGACGAUGACGUGGCGUCCUUGCUGCCGCCGGAUGUGGUGCCGUUCAUGGCCACAGCGGACUUCCACGGAACGGACGAGCUGGUGGACUUGGCCGCCGCACGCAUCUGCCGCGACAUCGUCCGGGAAGGCAGCCGCCUCACGCCUCGAGUCCUUCAAACGAUCCAAUCACUGACGCCACCACUGCGCUUCAGAGUUCUCGACCAGGCAGACUCCACCUGCUUCGCAGCACUCCGGAGAGUCAUCGCACCCUACAACCAUCAGUAUCGAGACCAACUCCGACGACUCCUACCCAACAGCCACUUCCUACGCGGGCUGGACGUACAUCAGGCGCCGAGGGCGUACGAGGUGGUGUGCACGGCUCGGGAGAACAUCGCUGCGCUUGUCGCAGACACACGUGACGCCUUCGACACCGGGGCUCGCCUGGACAAGGUCGAAGUGUCCCCUGACUACCGCACUGUCCUGACCCUCGCACGGGUCACAUGCGUGUUGACCGUCUGGGGACUCGAGUGUCGCCCGCUCAAGAGGGUAGCGCUCCACGACUCGGUGCGAGACGCCACGUACGUCCCAUCGGGGCUCAUCUUCACCGUCAGCUGUGACGGGGUUGUCCGCGGCCGGCUGGCGGCCGGAUCCCUUGUUCUGACGAUCGCAUGCGAUCCGGCAUACGCCAUCUCCGCGUCGGACACGUUCAUACUCACGCACAGUAUGGAUGGUGACAAUCCGGGGACGUUGCAGCUGUGGAAGUGGACCUUGCGGUCACAACAGGCCGACAGGAUGUGGUCGGGACUGGGGACGACUGCGCGCGUCGCAUCGAACGGCGUGCGCAUGGUCUGCUGCGAGCGGGGGCGAGUAUGGCUGCGUUCUUGCACUCUGCCCGAGCGGCAUCGCAUCGACCUUUGGAACGCCGAAGACGAAGGCCGAGUGCUCGGGGACGUGAUCGACCUCGCCAUAUCGCCAGACGGCUCGACUGUCAUUGCCAUCUACCUGCAGAGGGCGACGAUCUGGUCCGUACAGAGCCCCACCAGGCCGCAGAGCUUCGACGCCCCAGAAGCAAGUGGCGAGACGUUCGAUCACGUUGCCUUCUGUCCGAGACAAGGACCCUUGGCUUCCGUCCGAGGAGCCAGCGUUCCGCCCGGCGCCCACACGCGUCGCUACGGACGCGCCUUCCUGACGAGGGAGGUGGAGAAGAAAUUUCCACCCAAGAACGGUGUGUUUGCGCUUUUGCCGUGCGCCAUCGAAAAGGCUAUUACGGUUCUAUGUGCGAUCGGUGGCUUUUUAUACCAUUGA